ACAUUCCCCUCUCCCUCGAUCCCCCCCCCCGAGAAUUCUAACUCUGAUAAACAACACUCAGUACCGCCCGUUUCACAAUCCUUCCCGUCCCUCUCCAAACCACGACCCCACACUACAACCCGAAUCAUGACGGAAGACAAGAAGCGGGGCAACAACCAUAGCAAUGACGACCCCUCCAACAAACCCCCCAAUUCCACCAAACCAGCCGACAAGAACAACACAGACACCCCAUCCCUAGCAAGUCGCAUCCAAAGCUCAGCCUCCGGAUUAGCCCGGCAAGCCUUCUCGGCCCCCGGUUCAUCGGGCGAUGCAGCACAGUUCCUCACCACCGGUAGUAAAGCCAGCACAUCCUCAUCCUCCGCCCUAGCAGCCGCAGAACACUACAACCAAGUUUCCGGACCCUCCGCGCCAUCAUCAGCGGGGGCUCAAUUGCGUGAUAGCAAUGCGGGGACAUUCCGCUCAACAACCACACCCCAGCAGGGUGGGUUCGAGAUCCCUCAUCUGAGCGAGGAGGAGUUCGCGCAAACAGGGAACGACUUCCUGGAGCCAUCAACAUCCACCUCUACUACGAUAGACAAGGGAAAGGGAAAAGCGAGGGAAGAAGUAUCUUCGAUCUCACACACCCACGCCCCAGAACCGACCGACGGUUCAGCAGUCAUCUCCCUCCUCUCAGACAGAACCUUCGAUCCCACAUUCCCGCACGACCCCGCCGAAAUAAUCGAAACAGAACUAUUGCCCCCUCAGCAACUCACACAAACGGAGAUCCAAAUGCUCGAGUCCUUCCGUCGCCAUAUUACUCCCCAGCCGGACACUGCCUCUCCAUCUACCCACCGUCUUACGUCUGCCAGUCUCGUCCCGGAAAUUGAUACAAUCCUAGAUAGUGCGCCUGCGCUAACGGAUACAGAUGCUGCUACCUUAAGGGAUUGUGUUUUGGCUAGUUUGCCGGGGUCGGAGGAUUGGGUUGAUGUAGAGGAACGGUAUCAUGAUGAGGUGUGGGGCUGGUUGAAACCUACUUUGGAGGCUGCCGCUAGAGAGCUGGAGGAGAAGGAGGAUCCAAGGGGAGAAGAUGGGCCUGCCGUGCAACGAUUGAAGACGGUUUUGACACAUAUGCGGGCAAAGCUCUAGGAGUCUGGGUUGGGGAGUGAGAUGGGGCGGCGGUCAUGUAGUGUAUACCCAUACAUUUGCCUUUUGUACAAUAUGUAUUUGGUACCGAGUUUGUUGGUAGGUAGUGUAUAGAACAUUUUAUGUCCACAUAAUCCUAUUAUG